AUGGCCUCUACACGAGAGCGCCGUGUUGCCAAAGAGCUUGCCGACAUCUUUGCCGACAAGGAUAACUCGGGCGUCCUGGCCCAGCCCGUCGACCCCGCCGAUGUCACCCAUCUCAAAGGCACCUUCCCCGGCCCUCCAGACUCACCCUACUCCGGCGGUACUUUUCAGGUCGAUAUUGUGAUUCCCGACAUGUACCCCUUCAAGUCUCCCAUUAUGAAGUUCGACACCAAGAUUUGGCAUCCUAAUGUCAGCAGUGUGACUGGCGCCAUCUGUCUCGACACCCUGGGCAGUGGCUGGUCCCCGGUCGGCACUAUCAAGAUGGCCCUCAUCUCCCUCCGAAUGCUCCUCGAGUCCCCCAACCCCAAAGACCCGCAAGACGCUGAGGUCGCCAAGAUGCUGAUGGAGGACCCCGAUGCAUUUGCCUACAAGGCACACGAGUGGGCCGUCAAGUACGCAGGGGCACCGAUGAGGGAAAUGGCCUUUAGCGGCAAUUACGAGAAGAAGAAGAAAGCCGAGGUCAAGAGGGACGAUCCAAGCAGGUACCAGGGCUACAACAAGGAUCUCGUCGACCGAUUUGUCGUCAUGGGCUUCGACGUCGAGGCCGUCGUUGACGCCUUCAACUUUGUCGGCAUCGACCGAAACGGCGGCGAGGACUACGAACUGGAGGAGGCCUACAUGGGCGAUAUCACCGCUCGACUGCUCGGGGAACAGUAG